AUCAAUUCAAAUGCCUCCUUAACUGUGUCUUUGGCACAGACUCCUUACUGCAAGAAGCACAGAUAUGAUCCCCAGAAUCCCCUCUGUGCCCACAUAAUCUUCUGUGGGAGUGUUGUAAAGGUGAAUGAUUCAGAAGCAGGCUUAGCAAAAAAAGCAUUAUUCAGUCGCCACCCUGAAAUGGAAAGUUGGCCUAAGGAUCAUAAUUGGUUCUUUGCCAAAUUCAACAUCACCAAUAUUUGGGUCCUGGACUACUUCGGUGGAUUGAAAAUUGUGACACCAGAAGAAUACUACAGCAUCAAGCCUUAG